AUGGUUUCUUUCAAUAACCUCAUCAUUUGUCUCACCGCCCUGAUUUCUGCUUGCAGUGCUCAUGGGCACAACCACCUGCACCGCCGUGGCCAUCUUGCAGCCAGGCAAAACUACAAUGGGACUGAGACCUCAAUUGCCUAUGGAACUGGCACCGCUGCAGCUUCUACUUCGCUGUACACUGUCACUGUUACUCAGACAAAUACCAAGCUUGUAACUGUUACUUACACCUUGGGUGAUGGUCGCAUCAAGACUACUACCAUUACAAAGGCGGAAGAAACUACUCAGACUAUUGCGCACGUAAAGAGCACCGUCACCGUUGCUCCUAUUAUUGAAACUACUCCUGUUGCGGUUGCUUCUGCCAGCUCAGUUGAACCUGUAGUUUCUGCUGCUGCCAGCUCGGAGGCAUCUGCACUUUCAGUUGCUGCUGCUCAAGCUGCUUCCUCAGCCAAGUCUAAGUCUACAAGUACUACUACUUUGGUUGUCACAGUUCCUAACACCGCAUCAACCGUCACUGUCGAAGACGCCUCCGUAGCUGCCGCUGCCGUCACCCCUGCCGCUGCCUGCUCGGCGGAGACUGUUUAUGUCCCGCAGUAUGUCACUUUGUACAGCACAAUUACUGUCUCUGCUGCUGCUGCCCCGAGUAUUGUCCAUUCGCCUAUCGUCCCUCCCUACUCCAACAACACCAUGAGCACCGUUUCAUACGAUAGUACCAGCACCACCACAAUGAGUGUCUACACUACCGUGUUCGUCACUCCUUCAGCCUCCGCAUCUGCCUAA